CUAUGAAUGUAUAAACUGAACAAAAGGUCGAAGAAAUCCUACUAUAGGUGUCGCCAGGGACCAAGUCAGACAGAAUGGCCAAGGUCGGCUUGCUCAACGCAAUAUGCGCCAAGCUAAAGACGGACGUCAAUGAGCUUGGCACUGAGGCUUUGGUGCAAAAUUCCAGUGGCAGCAAAAAUGGCCAGGAUACGCCAUAUUCCUCCUAUCGAAGCAGUCCGGGGACAGGUCAAGAGCUGUCAAAUCAUGCCUCAUUAGAUUUGUCAACGCACGGAACACCGGUGCAAGACUCGCAGGAUUCGCCGCGUAAGAACCGGCGCAAGGCAGCGGCGCCGCGAUGUUUGAAAUCGUACGAGGAGGAAACGUACCAAAAAGACGAACUGGAGGAAUUCGAGGCGAAUAACAAGGAUGUCGAUUUUGCGGCGUACACUGGCGAUUUGGACGAGAAUAGUAACAAGUUAGACGAUGAGGAUGACGGUGAAAGGUUUGUUGACGGUUCCGACGGUUUCAACGGAAGUGAACCGUUCCGUAAUGAUCUGAGCGAUGAUGAGGAUGAAGAUGGAUUCUAUGCAAGGGAUGAUUCCGAUGUUGACCAAUAUCCCGAUCUUUCGCCCGACGAGAACUCCAGCGACGAAAACGAUUCCAAACCACAAACGAGCAAAGCUAACACUGAUGACUUUGGCGCUAUCGAUCUAUCAGUUCAGAAAAGCCGACUGAAAAAAACAAGAAGCCCGUCGCCUGCGCAGAAAGUACGGAACCAUGUUCACGUCCCAGUCAAUUUGAAAGGGGAGCGCCACCUAUCUGGGAGUAUUGGGAAGAACUCUGGUGAGGCUGCCGAUUUGAAGGACUAUGCAGAAAGUACCAUGAACGAGUUGUUGAGUAUGUAUGGCCUGUCCGAGGAUUCUGGGGCCAUUGCAAAGAACGUCCCGCUGCAGAAUUUCUCAUCCGGGCGGAUUUUGGAGCGACAUGUUGGCAGUCUUCAUAACGGACGUCCCGUGAACCGCCCUGAAGCAGAAGGACGCAGUGCCCACCUCUAUGCAAAAUAUGCUGAAAGUCUGUCCAAGGGAUCCAGUGCUGAAGCUCCCAGACCUACCUCGAAUCACCCGCCUCAUGUCCGCAAACAUGACGAUUAUGAGAGGGAUACUGAUACGCCCCCUAGUGCUGAUGCCAGUAACCAUACCGCUCAUUCCAAGACGGGAGCGAAUGUCACCAAUAGCCCAGGUAGUGGAAAGUUUGUUGAAAGUGCUGCGUACAUUCGAGCGUGCUUCAACAAAGAUAUAGCGCCGUCUUCCGAGGCCAAGUCCCCUGCUGAAUCACUCUCCGGAAAGCUGCUCCCUGACUAUGCAAAGUACAUUAAGAGGUUCAACGGUUUUGAGGACUGUAAGGGCACCCACUGCCAGGACAUGAUGUACCGUGAGCACUACCACUGCAUGGACUGCAGCUUCAAAGUCUUCAUCAAGAAGGAGGAGAUGAUACGCCAUUUUAAGUGGCACAAGAAACGAGACGAGUCACUCCAACACGGCUUCAUGCGCUACAGCCCGCUCGACGACUGUGAGGACCGAUUCGGGGAAUGCACGCAUAAUAAGAAGCAGACGCACUAUCAUUGUUUACAGUCCGGUUGUAACAAGGUCUAUAUCAGCACCUCUGAUGUCCAGAUGCAUGCCAACUACCAUCGCAAGGAUUCGGCGAUUAUUCAGGAGGGUUUCCAACGAUUCCGCGCCACCGAGGAUUGUGGGACAACAAAAUGUCAGUUCUAUGGGCAGCGUACAACACAUUUUCAUUGCCGGCGCCAUGGAUGUGAAUUUACUUUCAAGAACAAGGCUGAUAUGGAAAAACAUAAAACGUACCACCAGAAAGACGAGGUCCUGAGCAAAGAUGGCUUUAAAAAGUUCAUGAAAUACGAACAUUGCAGCUACAGUGGAUGUAAAUACAGCAAAAUCAGCAAUCACAUACACUGUAUUCGAACAGGUUGCAACUACGUCCUCCAUUCAACGGGUCAGCUCUAUUCCCACAAACGGAAACACGAACGCCGCGACUUUGAAUUUGCCUACAAACGUUUCAAGCAGGAGAGCGGCGAUGACAAGGGUUGUUCCUCAAACGAUGGUAGCUCCAUCGGGGCGCCGAGUGGUGCACCAAGCCCUGCGCCGUCGACUCAGGUGCGCCCGAUUGCUCCGCGACAGGCGCUGAACCCCCAGCUCCCACAUGGACUAGUGCUUCCACCGGCCCUUUCUUUGCCACAGCAGCAGGCUAUGUUCAGCCACGCUCAAAAAGCGCUCAUGACCGCCAUCAGUCUCCAAAGUCAGGGCGGGAAACCCAUCGGCAGCGGGCAAGAAAAACCCAACGAUCCAGAAUACAUGGAUUUAGAAGAUUUGAAAAACUUUGAUACGAAAGUCAUAAACUCUGGUACCUCAACGCCGGAUUCUUUAUCCCCGCCUCCAGUCGUGCAUCCUGCUCAUCCACAUUCCAAAUUCACCCUAACUGCUGAAAUGCGUCGGCAGCAGCUUCAGUCCGCCUUUGCCCGAUACGCAUCCGUCCUAAAAAAUGCCGAGUUAAAUGAUUCCCUGAGUCUUCCGAUACCCAAUUUUAUGGCAAAUCAGCGGUCUGAAGAUGCUGCGUCGCAUACUGUUACCCGAGAGGAUGGUCACGCUGAAGCCGACAGUGAUACGCACACCGUAACUCACAGUGAUGCUCCUGCUGAAACCCGCGGUGAUGCACAUACCGUAACCAGCAGCGAUGCACAUACCGUUUCCCGCGGUGAUGUGGUAAUAAAGGAGGAACGUGAGAGUCCCGUACCGGAGGCGUUGCAAGUGAAACAGGAAUCUGACGAGAUGCCGCAGAUGCCACUUUGUGGUGAACAGGUGUUACUAAAUCGACCGCUGCCAAAGAUUAUGGAGAAGAAGGAGAGGGACGAAUCGUGGAAAAAAUAUUUGAUCAGGUACACUGCCAAUGAUCCUUGCCGUGCUCGAUGCUCAAUGUUGUAUAAAGAUCACUACCACUGCAACGUGGAGGGUUGUGACGUCAUGUUCUACACCAAGGAACGUGUUCGUGAACACGCAAGGCUUCAUGACCAGGAUGAGAAAGUCACCGAGUUGACAUUCCACACGACCUCGGCCGAUCAUCCGUGCUGUGUUGAAGGCUGCAGCAUCGAAGGACAGAAACACUUUCAUUGUUUGUGGCCUGAAUGCGACCACGUCAUCCGUAUGACGGAACCUCCACUGACCCGCCUGAAGCAUCACAGAUACCAUGAACAACAACGAACCAGCGACAACCUCAAAUGGCGCAUGGAGCGCACAGCGCCGUCCAAUGAUGGACUCCUCAGGCGGAAACGCGGACGCCCGCCAAAAUAUCCCAAGGACGAAAUCCCACUGGUGCCGAAAGUAAACGUAACAGAGAAUGCGAUAUUCGAAACGAGUACUCCAGUCAGUGUCAAGAUAACGCGGGAAAUGUUCUUGUUAAGUUCAACAAAGAUCGUGAAUGGAUUCAAAAUGUUUGAAGCCGGAUUCCCGUGUCCGGAUCAACUGUGUAAGCAUUUCAUGAAGGAACAUUAUCACUGUGUGCGACCGCGUUGUCAUCAUGUGACAAAUUCGCCGGACGUUAUGAACCUCCACGCGCAAGAGUUCCAUAAUUAUGUGUCGAUCAUGGAAGGAUUUGAAUUCUUCGACCGUGACGUGAAUUGUCGGCGUCCGCACUGUCAGCACAAUAAGACCAAUCGCCAUUUUCACUGUGUUCGACCGCGUUGCGAUUACUCAUUCGUCCGCCAUAGCACGAUGUUUCAGCACGACAAGAAACAUCAUGUAGAAUACAAAGCGCCGAAACCAGCGGAAGAACCGGAACAAUCCCCGACGUCGACACUGGAGGAUUUGAAGUCUAAAACGAUCAUCAAGGCGUCGGGAACAUUCUACCCAAUGUCUACCAUUCCUCUUCACAAACCCAUCGCACCGAAAUCUUCCUCAGGUAUUCCGCAGCCAGUCCCGAUCAAGAUGGAGCCGUCCCUGAUGCGCCCCGUUGCCAGCAUUCCUCCUUUUAUAACCACCCAGUCGUCUGCCAAUUCAACGUUCUUUGUUCCAAUGGCAUCAGCAGAGUCCAUGAUGAGCCUCGUCAGCAUGCCUACUGCCCUACCGAUUUUCACCGCGCCCAUCAUGGCGUUUCCUCCCGCGAGCGUGGCGACGCCCGUCAUCCGCCCACCGAGCACGCCUACCUCAACCGCAGCAUCAGGAGAGAUAACGCUACAACAAGCGAGCGCAGCUGCAGAGGCCCUCAAGGACUUAGAGUCCUUGAACCAAGACUCAAACGGAAACGGCACCCUGGAGUCCGGUCAUGACCCGAAUAAUCCCCUUGCUGGUCAGAAAUCGCUCCCCCUGACUGUCCUGUUACAGCAGAAGACAGCACACGCACCUCACAUGGAAAGCUGGCACAGCCUUCGAUCAAAAAUGCAUUACAUCUUAAACCAGAACUGUGGCCGCCCUUUCUGUAAGUUGAAGAAACGUGACCAUUAUCAUUGUUUUGAUUGUAAUCAAGCGUUCUCUGAUCCAGAACGGCUCAAAACUCACGUCGGGCGCCAUGGGAUAAAAUUUGAACGAAAUAAACAUCCAAAAAUGAUGGUAAAAUCACCGGGAUCGUCGCGCACUGGGGCUUUAGAUGACGAGGACAGUUCAUCCCAUGCUUCAGAUUUGAAUUCGUCGCUGAAUCUGAACGGCGAGGAAUUUUCAAACAUGAUGGCACACGCUCAAAAGGAUGUCCCGGAAAUUGGGAAUAAUGAUAUGGAUAUUGAUAACGAGGCUACGAAUGACGCCGUGGACGGUAACUAUGGCAACUUAGAAAUUGAUUUGGAUAGUUCGUCGGAGAUGAACAGUUGGAUGGAGGAUUCUAAUUCGCGUCGCUCGAGUCGUAAGAGAAACUCAACACGUGGUCAGGAGGAUGGCGUGGAUGCGGAUGCGGUUAUUGUCAAACAACGCCGCGUGACGAGUCCGCGUGUCUAUAAGGAUGAACCUGUACCGGAUGGUUACACGCGAUACUGGGCACACGAGGAUUGCGGGCGACGGGGCUGCUCGUAUCGCCAGAGUACGACGCACUUCCAUUGUCGGCGGAAGAGUUGCGGGUUUGGAAUAUGCAGCAGAAUCCGUAUUGAACAACACACGUUACGUCACCAGCGUAUCGAUAAAAUAACUGGGGACGACUUUGAACAAUAUCGCGCAAACCUCGAAUGUGGGUUUCAAAAAUGCUUGUAUUCGAACCAAGCGACGCAUUUUCAUUGUUUGAAGUGUUCAUUCACGUGCACGGACACGAUCAAGGUCACCACGCACCGUAAACAACACAACAAGAAGGACUUCUUCAUCUCUCAGGGGUUCCAGAAAUAUUCACAGAGUCAGAAUUGUAAACAGAACUGCAAGCAUAAUCAGCGGCAGACGCAUUAUCAUUGCAUCGUCUGCGGCUCGCCAGUGGUCGGGCAAUCGCAGAUGGCGCCGCAUAGACUGAAACACGCCGGAUUGGGGCGCUUUCAGUUGGUGAAUGUGACAGACUCUGUUGCGGCGAAAGCAAAGGGCGGAAAGUCUUCUUCGGCUGCUGUCUCUUAAUAAUUCUUUGGAAUAUAUUCAUUGACAUUUUUCAUCAAAUAUUUCUUGAAUUAUCACUCAAUUUCAGACUGUUUUGCAGUUUAGGCAGACGGUCAGUUUGUCGUCUGCUGCAGUCUGUCAAUUUCCUCUUGCCUGGCUUGUUAGCCUUGCUGAACAGUUUGAUGAAAUUCACAUUGAAAUUUAUGGAAAUGAAUAACCUAAAAUAUUGUUUGAGGAGUAGUGAAAUGCAUCAAGAAUAUUUAGGGAAAAAUCACCGAAUAAUAAUCACUUGAACAUUUGAAUAGAAUCCACUGGAAUGUCAAGUUCACCAAAGUAUUUAGCUAAAUCACCAAGCUUUGAGUUUCAAUCUAUAUAUAAGUCUUUUUAUAUCAAUUUCUUUCACCAGUAUGAAGUCCUUUAUUUUGUGCGAGAUUUAUUUCAUUAUCAAGCAAUUUAUACCCUGUUUAUUUAAGAGUUUGAUGUAUUCCGAUAACUUGGGGAAAUUUUGAUGAAGAUGUCAAAAUGGUUGAAAUAUUAAAGGGAUUUUGAAGCAGAAGUGUCGCAAGAUAAUGCUGGGUCGUUCCUAAUGAUUGUUCCUGUAGGUACAAUAGCGCAGAAUGCCUCAAAAACUUGCAUAGUUGACACUUUAUCAAAAUUUCCCAUGAGCGUUAAUUUCAUUUCAUGACCAAACAAAACCAGUUAUGUAAAUAGACCACUUGUACAGCUUCUACCGAUAUGUUGAUUUUUAUACUAUAGCCAUAUUAAGGGUCAGGUAAUAUUUAUAUUACUAGGUAAUGUUUAUGUUACUAGGUGAUGUUUUAUUACAUUACUAGGUAAUGUUUACAUUACUGCACAUAUAUUUUGCCAUAUUAAAAGCCGUCAUUUAAGAAAAUCGUUUCAGUUGUAAACCAGGGUUUUUCCCCAAACAAACUGCUUCAAUUAAUUUACUUAAGUCAUGCUAGAUUUAAGAAAAUGAAAGUUUAAUGUGACUGAACUGAAUUUAUGAAAACUAAAGUCUGUUGUGACUGAACUGAAUUUAAGAAAAUGAAGGUUUAAUGUGACUGAAUUUAAGAAAAUGAAAGUCUGAUGUAACUGAACUGAACUUUGUGGGAUUUUGUCAAACUUGGGUUUAAUUGUCAACUUUCUUUCUACUGCUGUCCUCAUCUAAGUUCUUCCCAAAAUAGUCCCAGGUGUGGGCCACUCCCAAUAACAUGUAGAGCAUUCCCGUAAUAAAAUUAGAUGCCCUCCUCCAAAAUUUUCUUUGGGCAGGGUUGGCUCUCAACUCAAUAUCGAUUAUGAUUGUUGUACAGUCCAAAUCACAAAUGACAUCCUUUCUGCUUCGCGUCAGUGGCAUGCAACAUACGCACGAGUUGUUUGUCAAUGACGCACUUAUCUCUCUGUUUCGUGUAUAUAACACACGACUGAUGCACGCCAUACGUGCAGGGUAGCACGUCAAUGACACGAAUUUAGGGAUGACCAUUGUGAUUUGGACUGUAUGGAGGUUGUCAGGUCUCUAUGUUUUCUACCAAGGGUUUUCUAACUGCUGUUUUUAACCGUGUCUGUAAAUUAUCGAUUAUGCAUCACAUAAUGCUGCUGUUGACGAGCUUAAAAGUAAAAUCCGCCCAUAAAUAGAAGUGCAUGGUGGAGGAAAAAAGUGUUUGUGUCUGAAAUUUAUGCUUUGAAACUCCUGAAGAUAUUCAGGUGCCCCUAGCCCUGGAGAAUUAUGCAUUUAGCAUGUUUAGGCUAGCCUGUAUAUUGACCAAUAGCUCCUUUAAAGUUUGGCAUUGACCAAUACCCCCUUUAAAGUUUGGCAUUGUGAGUUUUGAGUUAAUCUGCUGAUCUGCAAACAAAGUGUCAUUGCCGUUUUGAUUCGCUAAGUUUCUUCCCAGUCCUGCUCUCCACCACCACUUCUGAAAUCUUAUGCAAUAAGACCCUGUUGUUAUUCAUAUUUAAUAUAUCACAUUAUGAGACUGCUUUCUUGUAUCAUAGGGUGUUCCAGAAAACUUUAAGCAAGAAUUUGUUUCAGUCUGGCCUGUGCUUAAUUUUGGUCUAAACUAAUAUUUUUAUUGUUAAUUUGAAUAAUUAUCAUUUAUCUAAAGUUGAAGCUGAGAAAUUGAAUACAAAUUUGGUGAAAAAAUAAUGAAAUUGAAAUGCCAUACCUACAAAACUUUGAAAGGAUAACUGUUUAUGACUUUCAAAGCAAAGGCACAAUACUGGGCCAUGACGCCUACAAAUUUAUUUGAUGUUGAUGACUUAUUUCGAAUUAAAAGUAAAAUUAGUCUUUUUAAAAGCUUUUCUGCUACACCCUGUGCAAAAUAUCUGCUAUAAUAUUUGUCGCUUGGUGUAUUUUUUCUACGGUUGUCGUUUUUAAUCUUCCUUGCGGUUCACAAAUGAAAUUUACUGCUGUAGGUCCUUCUUCUGCUGAUGUGUUUCUUCAAAAUUACAUUUUUGUUGUUUUUUAUAAUCUUCAGCAAACUUUAUGCCUGCUAAAAUUUCAGAAUGGUUCCUAGCUCUGAUGUAUUGCACUAUUCUUUUUUGGCUGUAUUUUACAUUAAACUGUAUUUGGGUGAAAAAUACUAUACUGUAAUUUGACUGUACAUGUAUUUGGGUGAAAUGUACUGUAUUUUACAUCGCACUGUAUUUGAGUGAAAUGUACUGUAUUUCAUAUAGUACUGUAUUUGGGUGAAAUAUACUGUACUUUAUUUACUGAAUUUGGGUAAAAUGUACUGUAUUUCACAUAGCUCUGCACUUGGGUGAAAUAUACUGUACUUUAUUUACUGUAUUUGAGUGAAAUGUACUGUAUUUCAUAUAGUACUGUAUUUGGGUGAAAUAUACUGUACUUUAUUUACUGUAUUUGAGUGAAAUGUACUGUAUUUCAUACAGUACUGUUCUUGAGUGUUUUACCAAUAUUGAACCAAAUUUCACCUCUCCUAUGCAUGUCUAAGGUAUAGAUUAUUUGCUAUAAAGUUUGAGCAGCGGACUAAGAUUUUAUGAUCAAACAUCUGCAAUGUCAAGGUGUUUCGGCAUUGAAAAGAUGAUGCCAUAUCUUUUAGUUUUUUUCCCUCCAAGGGAAGUAAGAUAGUCAGAAAGGUUGUAAGGGUUUAACUGGUACUCAAGCAAGGUAGCAAAAGAUGGUGAGGUUCACUAUCCCGUGCCGAGAAUCUAUUCACCAACAAUGCCAAGUGUUUGUGUGCGACAUCAUCACCAGUGUUAGGGCAGGCCUCCCCGUUUUCUCAAAAGCGGAUACCAUGAAUCAGGCUGGAGAAGCCGGUGUCUCCAUCCCAAACGAAUAAGGAUUUAAUUGACCAGUUGCGGUAAAAAGUCUUUUGGCAUGUCAUGACAGCUUGAUGAACAGGCCGUAAUAUGCCACUUAAAAGUUUGUUGAUGCACUGAAAACCUUAAAAAAACGUCAAUCAUUGCUGGAUCUCUGUCGUGAAUGCUAAACCAUCCGAUAACGAGGACCAUUCUUGGUGAAUUGGUUCUUGGACCAGAUGGGAAACCUCACUAGUAACUGAAGGUGUCUGCAGAAUGAUGGGCUGAGGUUGGUUAAACUGUCAGUCAUUUAGUUGGAAGUACGUGUAGUUUGGCAAAGAGCAUUGCCAAGCUUUGCAACAAUGCAUAGAAACUAUUUAUUUUAAUUAUAAUUAUAAUUUAUUGUCUUCUAGAAGAUUUUCCCUGUAAUUGUCUUUAUGUCCUAAUGUGACUAAAAAUAAAUUGGACGAAAUUAUCUGAAUAAGCCAAAUGUUCCAUGAAAUAUGUUAUAGGUGGGGUCAUCUUUCUCAGCAAAAUUAACCCAAAAAGGGAGGAAAUUGAAUAAUGAUAUGAAGUGUCCAGAUAUUAUCGCUACAUUAGCUGCGCUUACACCACGAAAUAUUGGUGGACCAAUUGCACUUACACCACCACAUUGCCGCGACAAAUUGGUUCGGCAAUCCAUUGCCGAUACAAAUUGCCGAGCGAAUUUGUCCCACCAAGCUUGAUGGUCCAAAUUCGCCCGGCUUGUUAAAAGCUCGGCUUUGUCGUGGUGUAAGCGCAAAUGGAUCGGCAAUUAGCUAGUUAGAUGGUUCGGCUCCAGGCGGCGCUUUCGAAAUGGCGCUUUCUGCCAAGGCUUUCCGCGUUCUGCUUAUUGUUUGCGCGCCAUCUGUAGCCGGAUUUUAUAACUAGCUGCAGCGCUGGUGUAAGCGCUUGGUGGAUUUUCGAUGGUGCGGCAUUGGUUCCCGAACCAAGAUUGGUGGUCCAUUUUCAGGUGGUGUAAGUGCGGCUAUUGUAUAUCAGAUUCACUUGAAAUCAUAUCCAAUUGUUUGAAUUUUAUUUCAAAUCAUUAAGAACAUGUUUAAAAAGCUUCAUUAAAACUAUUUCUUUUGAAGUAUAGUUUAAUAGAAUAAUAUACUCUUUGUGCCAAAUAUCUAUUCUAAGUUUGUAUAAAAUCAGUCAUGUCAGUAGGAUACAUCGAAAUUCUGUACCCUGUUGAAUGAGCUGCCUGAUAAUCUUUUUCAUUUCUUGCCUUCGUUUAGUGGCUAAAUGUAAACCAAAAGCAAUAGUGGUCCAAGGUAUGAACCUUGGGGCACACCACACUGCAAUACUUAAGCACUUGACCUGCUUUGCUAUGGAUUGUGACCUUUACAUAAGAGCAGUUGGAAACAGUGUCAGGUCAUUGAAAGAUUGUUUAAAGGGGUAUGACGUUUGUUAUUACUGCUGGUGCAGAAAAAUAGAAGGCAUACACAAUGCCGUAGUGUAGUUAUUAUGCAUACAAAUUUGCUGAAACUUGGUAUUUACAGUAUUUGUUUAUCUGUCUUCACAAUGGUAAUGCUAAAACAUCAUACUUAGUCUGUAUUUGAGCAACAGCGUAGGCCUUUAUUAAACCCAAGUUCAUCCUGGUUGCAGAAAUUAUGUACAUUCUAUAAUGUAUAGGACACAUGCAUGUCAGUAUACAGGGUGUAACAGAAAACUUGGGUAAUAAAGAUGAUUAGCAUGUUUUGUAUGUAUUUAGUUCUAUAGCAUUUAUUGUCUUUCGUCAGUUUUAGCUCGCAUGGGUGAGCUUAUGUCAUCACAUCUUGUCCGUCAUCUGUUGGUCCGUCCGUCGUCCGUCAACAAUAGGGGCACAUUUAUUGGGUCUAGAAAGUUGAAACUUUGAUGUGAGGAUAUCUUAUGACAACAUGACUCGACACCAAAAAAACCAUCACAAUUUGACCUACUUCCUAUAUGGAGACACCUAUUGGGCAUCUGUACAAGUUGACCCAAUUUAGGUCAAUUGUGACCUAGUUUAUCAAGUUCACAGAGGUCAAACUCUAAAAGUGUCAUUGAACCUCCAUAAUGUAUGUCAUUAAUUUGCAUCUGCAACUAAAUGAUUCCCAGGUGAGCAAAAUCUCCCCAGGACAUUUCUUUUUUUAAAGAUCUUGGUAACAGAUGGAAAGCACAUGAAAAGCUUUUAUUGACUUUGUCGAACUAUACCAUUGGUCUUCUAGAUAUGCUGAUGGGAUUUUAAAGAUGUGAGAAUCUGGUGACAUUUUUGUUGCAUAUAAAGUUAGUGAGGUAGUUGUUGGAGCCCGGGGCUAAUAUUCAGGAGGUUGUGGGCUCUUUUCCGACUGUUUUUUCUUCGUAUCCUUAAGCAAGACACUUUGAAACACUACCUGAAAAAGGGAUAUCAUGAAAUAUUGAUUACUGCCUGUAUGUUUGAUUUCCCUUGUUAUCCCCAGGUGUGAUUAUUGUUAGGUUCCAUUAAUGCUACCUGUUUCUACUAAC